AUCGAACUCUCCUUUUCUCUUUUCUUUCUCCUUUCUUCCAUUGCAAAAGUCUGUAAAGAAGAAAUUUCGAAACAAUUUCCAUAUCUGGACAGAGAUGCUGAAGUUGAAGAAAUGGUUUAGCAGCAGCAAUGCUAGCAAAGAUGAGAUCAGAAGACGUGAAUGUCUUUCUAAGUUAAAUGAGUCAUUAGUGAAGCUGGAAGAUAAAGAAAAAAUUCUUCAGAGCAAAAUUUCAAUUGAGAAUGAAAGGACAAAGAAUUUUACCAAGUCUAGAAACAACAAAGCCGUACUCGAGUGUAAGAAAAGAAAAUCUUUUUAUGAGGCGCAAGUGGAACAACUUGAGAUCUUCCGUUUACAAAUAGUUGAUCAGAUGAGAAUGCUUAGGGACGCAGUGGAGAUGGCGGAAUGAUGUUCCCAUCAGAACUUCAGGAGUUGAAGUAAUCUAGCGGCCAAUUUUAAACCCGCAACUCUUGUGUCAAUGAUGCAGGGAUAUCAAAUGUAUUAAGAAAGCUGUGGUUUAAGUUAUAAUGAGGUCUUAGAAGAUUCCUUUUGAAGUUAUCUCUCGCUGCUGAUACCAAUGAGGUUCGAGAUUUUAUCUAUUGUUUUCCAGAAAUAGUUGGUAAGAUGGGCUUCCAAGCCAUUCUUGCCUGUGGAUGCUACAAAGGUGGAAAACUUGUAUAUAUUAGUGACAAAAUUGUAGAUGAAAAAUGAUAACUUUGAAAGCAUUUUUAGAAUCACUGAAGCAGUACUAUAACUUUUUCAAUGGCACACAAGUAGCAUAACUUGGUAGAAUGAGAAGGAAAAGAACAUACUUUGCGUCUUAUUACAUGAAAUGGUUCGUAGUAUGAAUCAGAAAAUUCAGGCAGAAAUGAGCUUUUUAAGACCCUAACUGUAGUUACAAUAUGCUGCACUAGAAAUAUUUUUCAGAGAUCUGACUGUUGAAA